GCUUCUAUACACUUCAUAGUUCAUACAUCUUACCAGUGAGGAGCAAGACCAAAAAAGAAAGAAAAGAGGCUAGGCUCUGGAGAAACGCAGAAAGAGAAGAUGGCGUCCAUGAUAUCAGGAGACUUCGUCGAGGCCUACGUGCUGAAGAACGCCUGCAAGGAGAAGAUGAGGAGAGCUGAAGCAAACGCCGUCGUUGACGACGGCGAGGCGGCAGCACAAGGAAAGAAGCAGCAGGCCAGCGAUGAGGCACCGGAAAAGAAGGCUCCUGAAGAAGCUGGCAGUAAGGGAGACGGAGGUGGCCUAUUUGGGUUGGUGAAGAAGAAGGUGCACCCCAAAGUUGAAGGAACCGGACCUUCUUCUUGAGCUAGUUGCUUUGUAGCAGCACGACUUUUUCCUUGAAGUCAAGUGUUUUCAGCCAAGAUUGCAACUAGGCAUCUCUUUCCCUGUUUUCUUUCUUUCUUGAAUAAGAUGUGUGCAAGGCAACUAUGUGAAUUAAUGUACCCAAGCUUGUUUCUUAAUGGUUGUUUGAUAACAAUGGAACAAAAACUUUUGCUGAGAACAGCUCCUCUU